ACCGAAGUGAUUGACGCAUGUCAUGAAAAGGUCGAUUACUGGAAGCCACAUGAAAUACUAAACGUUUGGUCGGCCAACAUAUUUCCACCCAACUAUAGUUUUCGUAACGUAUGCUCCUGCGAUGAGUGUAGCACCAUGAUUGACGAACUCAACGACUUCGCUGAGAGCACAAGAUCCUUAGAGUGUAAUGCACGCGCACUCCACAAGUUUCGGAUAUUGCUCAAAGAAGAGAGUGAGGAGUUCGAUUUACACUUGAAGAAAAUAAGUUACGAGACAAAUAAAUUGAAAUCCGAGAAAGCUGAUGAGAAAGAUCCAUCAUGUGUAGCAGAGUGCAUACGGUUUGAUAUCGGCAGCCGUAGAAGUUCUAUUAUAAGCCUUCUAGAGUUCGGGAUGUGACACAUGCAUUAUUAGAUCAAAUUUUAGAAAUUAAAGAUGAGCACGAAGCACUAUAGAAUGGUAUAGAGGUGGAUCCUUCAAUUUCGAAAGGCGAUUUAGAACGACAAAUUAAGGUGAAAAAUCUUUUAUGUUUAGUAAAUUCAUCAUAUAUAAAAUGAAAGCUUGUAAACUAUGAUCUUUUAUAUAAUAUAAUUAUGUAUAUGUCCAUGUUUAGUGCCUAGAGCAACUGCCUGUUGAGGAACUUUUUUCAGAAGUUGUAGAUACCAUACGCACAGUUCGUGAUAUCAUAUCGUAUAUGGCAGAGUUGCCGUUC